GAGUUUGCCGAUUCCAUCUUGGAAAGUCAACACGUAAGAGUGUGAACAAAAUCAGAAACCAUUAUUAAAAAAAAGGGAGCAGCAGGACCUCCCAUGGUGCGCACUCUUAUUAUAAAGUCGUUGUCCUCUCCUCUCAAUCCAAAUCCAUUAAUUUGUUCCCAAAAAUAUCUUCCUUGUCCCAAAACCCCCCAAAAUCGAUCUCUUAUAGUGCGGUUUAGCUCUUUCUCAUUUCCCACUACUAGCUUAAAUCAAAACAAUAAAUAAAUAAAAAAUCAAUCUCUCUCUCUAUCUCUCUGCGUUUUUUUUUAUUUUUCGAAUAGAUCGGCGACAAUGGCGUACGCCGGUGCAUCUAGUAAUCCUCCUCCACAAUACUAUCCACUUCAGGCGAACCCAAUCGCGGUCGUUAACCCUCAGUUAUGUGCACCAUACCCUGUGGAUCUGAUUAUCUGCAAGAAGCUCAUGACCCUUAAAGAAGGUUCAUUCGCCGUCACCGACGUCAACGGCAACGUCAUGUUCAAGAUCAAGGGCUCCGUUUUCAGCAUCCACGAUCGCCGUGUACUUCUCGACGCCUCCGAUCACCCUAUCAUCUCUUUCCAGCAGAAGCUAUUAACAGCACAUAGAAGAUGGCAAGUAUUUAGAGGGGAUAGCUCAGAUUCAAAAGACCUACUAUUCAGCGUGAAGAAAUCGUCAAUGCUUCAAUUGAAGACCCAACUGGAUGUAUUCUUGGCUGCUAAUACAAAAGAAGAUGUUUUCGAUUUCAAGAUCAAAGGGAGUUGGUUUGAAAGAUCAUGCAUUAUUUAUGGUCCAGAUGGGAAAACUAUCAUUGCCCAGAUGCAUAAGCAUCACACCGCUCAAAGCCUUUUGCUAGGGAAAGACACCUUUGGAGUCACUGUCUACCCUCAUGUCGAUUACGCCUUUAUUGUUGCUCUUGUGGUGAUUCUUUAUGAGAUUAAUGAAGACCGAUCUGGGGAUGACUGAAACUUCUGCUAGCUAAUAAUAUAAACAUAAUAUCAUUUAUUAUAUAUCAUAUAAUAUCGUAUUAUAUGCUUUCGAAUAAUCAUUAAUUUGUACUCCACAUUGUGUGCUUUCUCGAAUGUAUAAUUCAGCUUAUUACUUAUUAUAUUCUUUCGAAUAAUCAUUAAUUUGUACUCCACAUUGUGUGCUUUCUCGAAUGUAUAAUGCAGCUUAUUACUUAUUCUAUGUGUGACUUGUACCCCACAUUGUAUGCUUUCUCGAAUGUAUAAUGUAGCUUAUGACUUA